GCAAGCGCAUCGCUCGAUCACACCAUGGCCGCAGCCACAGGCAGCGAGGCAUGGAAGGCCAUGUUCGGAAACGCCGCUGCCGCCGCGAGCGGGCCUGGACCUACGGCGAAGACGAGGGCUGUGGCAACCGGCGAGUCCGUCGACACGGCUGCGAAGGCCGACGUCGCUCUCAAGCUGAAUGUCAUCAACGCCCAGCGGAUGAAGAUGGUCCUUGCCAUCGUCACCAUGAGCUUCGCGAUUCCUGUAUCCGGCGAGGUCUUCCAGGUGCUCGAGGCUUCGAAGGCCAGCUACACUGCGAUGACAGAGGGCAAGAAGGGCCAGGGCAAAGCCCCCCCUGAUGUGUACAAUGUCAUUGCUGCUGUUGCUCACUGGUCACACGACUUCCCCCCAGCAGAAAGGAAAAGUCGACGCGUUCAUCAGCGGCCACGGUGUAGAGACCAAGCGCGCCUGGCGGGACAUAAAGGUGUGCGGGACCGAGAAGAUGUUCGACUCGUCCAUGAGGCGGCUGCAUGUCCAGGCGCCUGCCCAGAUUCUCGAGAUCAUGGCUGACCUUAGCGCCGAAACAUUCGAUUAUGUGGAGCACGUUGGCCAACGUCAGACUGGGUACCUGGUGUCAGAGGGCCAAAAAUUC